AUGAAAAGAUUCUUCAGACGAAAUAGUAAAAAUUAUGUCGACGAAAUUAAACUACAAGGGAUAACAAGUUUGAAACGUCUUAUUCAAGGGGAUAAAACAACUCAGUUACAAAAUUUAAUAUCUAAAUUAGAUGAUAAGAUUGUAAAGCUAAAACCAGACGUUCAACGUUUAAGAGAUAGACCAGGUAUUAAUAAAGAGACAUUGAAACGAGAAUUAACUGCUUUGGAAUACAAACUUACUGAUAACAGCGGUUUACAAGAAGAACUAGCCAAGAUUAAAUCAGUGGACAAAACUCAGUUGGAGAGUUUAAUAUCCAAAUUAGACGAAAAGAUUGCAAAGCAAAAGUUAGAUGUUCAAAAUAUAAGAAAAAAAUAUCACACUGGGUAUAGAUGA